UUUCUGGCUGAAGCAACAGCUGCAUAUUUUGGCUAAAAUAUGCAUCGAACAAGAAUAGAGCAAAAGAACAACGGGAACUGCCUUGUGCUAAGUGAAAAAUUCUGUGAAACUUAACCAAAGUAAUGAUUAAAAACACAAACUGUUUGGUGAAACUAAAUUAUAUGUAAUAUAAUAUAAUGCAAUUUGAACUUUGACACCUUUCGUUUUGGUUCCGCUUUCACUUUUGACAAACCCUUUACCAUAACCAAAAACGGUAGCAAUAAAACAACGUAGUGUACAACACAUUGGCAAAGUGCAAAAAACAUCAAACACAACGUAGUAAACAAAAUCGCCGCAUCAUUAUGGCCACAAAACGGCGUCCGCUGCGUCCCAAUCUUGCACCCGGACAAAGUAGCGGCUCCAAUAUGAACUUUCGACCUGGUGGCCCAGAUAUAACCCGAUCAGAGGCGCGAGGCACGCGUCCAACCGCUGCACCCACCAGCAUACGUGAGAUUCUAGUCAUGGGCGUCAUACAUCUAUGCAAAAAGACGAUAUUCUUCAACACGGACCUGAAAGUGGCCCUCUAUUUGGGCAGCUUAUUCAUCAUCUCGCUCAUAGGCGACUUCUUGCCAUUUCCCAAGACAUACUUUGCCCGCUCCGACAACCUGUUUAAUCUGUACUUCGUCAAGGUGGGCUGGGGCUGGACUCUGUUGUUCGCCGUGCCCUUUGCGGUGCUCUCCGCCUAUACAAUCACCUGCGGCGACAUGAAACGCAUGCUGAGGCAUCACUUCCCACGUAUUGUAAUAGCCACAUUCUUUUGGUUCUUCUGGACAAAGCUCUUCAACAUUGUGGAAACUUCCUAUGGUCGUUGUACUACCAAGGGCUUCCAGAGCAAGUCCAGCUGCCUGAGGGCGGGCCAUUUGUGGCAGGGUUUUGACAUAUCAGGCCAUGCGUUUAUACUAAUACACUCUAGCCUGGUGCUAAUCGAGGAGGCGCGUCCUAUUAUCAAGUGGGAAACCAUCAAGGAGCACCUACGCAACGAGUUGCACAAUCGCAGCGUAUCGGAGAAAACGGGAAGCAAUCCGUUGCGCGGCCUGAACGAUGAGCAAAUGCGGAGCCUACAGUUUCUCUAUACACGACUGACGCCCAUCAUUCGCACCCUGUUCAUUGGGAUGGCUGCUCUGCAGCUGCUCUGGGACAUAAUGUUGGUGGGCACGAUGUUGUACUAUCAUCGCAUGAUUGAGAAAGUUAUCAGCGGCAUCAUUGCCAUUCUAACGUGGUACUUUACGUAUCGCUUCUGGUAUCCAACCAAUGGCCUGUUGCCCGAGGCGCCCGGCAAUGGCGUCUUCUACUAUCAGCGCGAGAGUGUCCCUUUCAAGAGACCCACGCAUUUACACACCUGCACACCAUCUGCUAACAACCAGGCGUCAUCUAGUGGAUUGAAAGCCAAUCCCAAUGGCAGUAGCCAGUGGUCGGCGGGCAAGGUAGGUGGUCAGUCGUCGUCGGCGCAGCAGCAAAUACCUACUUUCAUGGGCAUGCCCUUGUUUACCAACGUGAAGGCAGCGAGUGCGGCGGCCAGCCUGCUGCAGGCGGAGCAGCAGAAGCGGGAACAUCAGCAGGCAGGUGUGGAAAGCUGAACCCAAGUCUUAGACUAAACCAGCAACAGGAAACAGGAAUUGAAUAAGGUUAGCGAAUCUUUUUUAACCGGUAGUGGCUAGUAAAAUCUUUUGUAGCAAAUAGAACUUAAUACCAAA